AAGACCCCGCCAUGGCGGACCCGCGCGUCAGGCAGAUAAAAAUAAAAACGGGCGUAGUAAAGAGAUUGGCAAAAGAAAAAGUUAUGUAUGAAAAAGAAGCAAAACAACAAGAAGAAAAGAUUGAGAAAAUGAAAGCAGAAGAUGGAGAUGAUUAUGCAAUUAAAAAGCAGACUGAGAUCUUACAAGAAUCUCGAAUGAUGAUUCCAGAUUGCCAACGCAGAUUAGAGGCUGCUCAUGCAGAUCUCGCUCAGCUAUUAGAAAAUGAAAAAGAGUUGGAAGAAGCUGAAGAAUAUAAAGACGCACGUUCUAUACUGGAAUCAGUAAAAUUAGUGGCCUAAAUUGAUUUUUCACUUUUUAUUUAAGCCUUGGUAUUGGGUCCAUUGCCACACUUUGCUAAUGCUUGGUCACUGCUGUAUUAAUUCAAGUAGGUGUUAAGAAUAAUGACUUACUAAAAUGACCUGCUACGCACUGGCAAAUUAUUUAGCCUUUCUCUUUUUUCUUGAAGAUUUGUUGAAUAAAGGA